UGGGUCAUGACUUAUUUUUCUAAAUUAUUUAUUGAUGAAUACGGGCAUUUACAAAACUUCGCUACGAUAUUAUUUCAUUCAUUGAAAUCAAUUUAGUUUCAAUUUGGUUUUUGUUCAAUAGACAUAAUUACACAACAAAAGAUUUGACUUGAUGGCCUUUGUUCCCUUUGCCUGUUCAAGUGGACAACAGAGAAUAACGAAACUUCAAUCAAAGAUUAUCAUAAAAAAAGUAAAUAACCUUACACGCAGUUGUUACAAAUAGUCCUAGUUCUAAGAAUUCGCGAGGCAGAUAUUCGAAAUCAUAGUCUUCGAUCAGUAAAUAAUGUUCUCUCAAAGCUCUUACCUCAAACGAACGAUACCCUUAUUUAUACAAACUGCCGGCGCCCAUAGGAAGCCGAGAUGGUUACCCGUAGCAAAAAGCAAGGUCUACCGUAUACCAAAGCGGCCAACGACCUCCGAAGAAGAGCGAGUAGAGCUUCUGCGCCUCCACAACAAUUACAAGACACAGAUGAGGGCAAUUCGGCGUUUCUACCACGAAGAUAUGAUUAAGGAAAAAUCCACAAAAGACAGUGCUAGUUCCGAAAUGUCUCAACAGCUGGAGGCCGACGAAUGGGCUCGAUGCUUUGAGUUGAACGAGAAGUGGAACGCGGAGAUAUCUGCAGCACGAGAGGAACGGAGAAAAUUGGAGAUUGCGAAACUAGAGGAAUACACAUUGGCCAGAAUGGAGGCCAAGGACAAAGAACUACAAAUAAAAAUUAAAAAGGCUUCAGAAAAAAUUAGGGAACAGAAGGAAUUAUCCAAAACAUUCAUCACACCUGAAAAUUUGGAUGAAGCCAUAGACUUAGCUAUAGCAAAUCCUACUGAUUAUAAUUACGCUAUCGACAUGAAGGGAAUGAAGUUUGAAGGGCGAGACACUAUUAUAUCAUAUCCUAAAGAAGAUAAAAAUGUAGCGGCAAAUUAAAAUUGUUAAUUUAAAUUUUAAUGUAUAUAAAAUAGUUUUUAAUGAAUUGUUACUUUACCAAAAAGCCUUAAUUUUGUUUCUCACAACACUGAAGUUUUGAUAAAAUGUUAACUGCUA